AUGAAAAUAAUAAGUCUUGCUAUAUUUAUUUGUGUGGUCUGUGGGAAGGGCGACGCGGGCGCGAAGGAUGGGCGGCAACAACGAUUGCUAUUUUACGACGAAGAUGGCAACUUAGUGAAAACAUAUCCCAACCCCUACCCAAACAACCCAUUUCUACAGAACUUGAGGCUCAACGCUGGCCACUGGCCGUACUACGGAAGCUUCUUGAACCCAUUCUUUGGUUUUAUUAAAGACUUCGGCAACAUAUUCUCCCUAACAAUUCCAGUAUCAAAUGAGGUGAUAAAACAAAUGCAGAGAGACCCUGCGUACCACAACAAGCUGAUGCUCACUCACACUCCAGACCCGGUGAUUGAGCCAAACCCUCUCUGUGAGGGCAAGAGAGCACAGGUUCCCUCACCGAAACUCUGUAACAACUACCUUAAUUGCUGGGAUGGAUGGGCAGUGGAGCAGGAAUGCCCUCUUGGACUGCUGUUCUCUAAUCAAGGAUACUGUGACUAUUCUGAUAAUGUGAACUGCGAGAGCAGGAAAUUACGCGAACAGCCCCCAACUCAACCACAAUGCAAAAAGGACUUCGAAGCGUUUCGAAAUGCUCUCGACUGUAACGAGUUCUUCGUUUGUGUUGGACGACAACCGGUGAAGUUUAAGUGUCCUGCUGACCUUUCAUACAACCAGGUUGGACGUCCACCCACAUAG